GUGCUUUAUUUUUCACAACCUUAUGUACGCAUGCUUCAUGAGAACAGGCUGAUGAUGGCCGUAAAAACAUGACCAGUCAGUUUCCAUAGAUAGCCCACAGAUACAGAAGUGACAGAGAGAGAAACGAGGGAUAAGAAGAGAGCGAUGUGGGCUUUACGUCUGACAACAGCAGGCCUUUUAUGACCGUUCAAGCAGACCAGUCUGCCCAAUCGGCUGCAGCCGUGGAGGUUAUAAAGUGAGCUGAUGCUCUUUGGGUAGACCUAGUCUGUUCCUCUGCACAUCCUCCCAAACUGAAUCCUGCAGGAGAGCUUCAGAGCCAGCACGAUGUCUCACUUCCUGGAUAUGGCGGAGUUUGGGGAAGCUGCUCGUUACCUUCGCCUCACCAACCUGGAACAGCUGGCUGCUAAGGCCAUGGCUUUUGAUGGUACGAAGCGUGUUUGGAUGCCCGAUGAUGUCCAAGCGUACGUCGAAGUCGAAGUUAAAGAGCUGAACGGAGACAAGACCACCGUGGAGACCAAGGACGGACGGUUUCUGGUGGUGAAAGAAGACGACCUGCAGCCGACGAACCCGGAGAAGUUUGACAUGAUCGAGGACAUGGCCAUGUUGACGCAUCUGAACGAAGCCUCUGUCCUCUUCAACCUGAAGCGCAGGUUCAGCAUGUGGAUGAUCUAUACCUACUCCGGCCUCUUCUGCGUGACAAUCAACCCGUACAAAUGGCUGCCGGUCUACUCUGCAGCGGUGGUUGCUGGCUAUAAAGGGAGGCGCCGCGUGGAAACACCGCCGCACAUCUACGCCGUCGCUGACAACGCCUACAACGACCUUCUGAAAAACCGAGAGAACCAGUCCAUGCUGAUCACCGGGGAGUCUGGCGCGGGGAAAACAGUCAACACCAAGAGGGUGAUUCAGUACUUCGCCAUCGUCGCCGCUUUGGGGGAAAAUGUGAAAAAAGGAAUAAAUUUAGAGGAUCAGAUCAUUGAAGCUAAUCCAGCCAUGGAGGCGUUCGGCAACGCCAAAACCAUCCGCAACGACAACUCUUCUCGCUUUGGAAAGUUCAUCAGGAUUCAUUUUGGACCGACAGGAAGGCUGGCGUCUGCUGACAUCGACAUCUAUCUGCUAGAGAAGUCCAGAGUUGUGUUCCAGCAGCCAGAAGAGAGAAGCUACCACAUCUACUACCAGAUCAUGUCCAACUACAAGCCAGAACUACAAGACAUGUUGCUGGUGACCACCAACCCCUACGAUUACCACUUCUGCAGCCAGGGGGUGACCAAGGUGGAAGGCAUGGACGAUGGAGAGGAGCUGAGGCUCACUGAUCACGCCAUGGACACGCUGGGCUUCACUCCAGAGGAAAAGUACGGCUGCUAUAAGAUCGUCGGAGCCAUCAUGCACUUUGGAAACAUGAAGUUCAAGAAGAAGCAGAGAGAGGAGCAGGCCGAGGCGGACGGCACAGAAAGUGUGGAUAAGGCAGCCUACCUGAUGGGCAUCAGCUCUGCCGACCUGCUGAAGGGCCUGCUGAACCCUCGCGUCAAAGUCGGACACGAGUUCAUCGUCAAAGGACAGACUGUGGAACAGGUCUACUAUGCAGUGGCAGCUCUGGCCAAAGCCACCUAUGACCGGAUGUUCAAGUGGUUGGUGAGUCGUAUCAACUCGUCCUUGUACACCGCUCUGCCUCGCCAGUACUUCAUCGGAGUCCUCGACAUCGCCGGCUUUGAGAUCUUUGAGUUCAAUAACUUUGAGCAGCUGUGCAUCAACUUCACCAACGAGAAGCUGCAGCAGUAUUUCAACCACCACAUGUUCAUCCAGGAGCAGGAAGAGUACACGACCGAGGGGAUAGAGUGGACCUUCAUAGACUUCGGUUUGGACUUACAGGCUUGCAUAGACCUCAUAGAGAAGCCCAUGGGUCUGCUGUCCAUCUUGGAGGAGGAGUGCAUGUUCCCCAAGGCCACAGACAACAGCUUUAAAACCAAACUCUACGACAACCAUCUUGGGAAGUCAGCCAACUUCCAGCGGCCACGGCUGGACAAGAAGCGCAAAUACGAGACGCACUUUGAGUUGGUUCACUACGCUGGAGUGGUGCCGUACAACAUCACAGGAUGGCUGGAUAAGAACAGAGAUCCUCUUAAUGAGACAGUGGUCGCGCUGUUCCAGAAAUCCUCCCACAAACUCAUGGCUGGACUGUUUGAGAACUACAUCAGCUCGGAGAUGGCCGGUGAUCCGAAGGCUGAAGGAAGGAGAAGGAAAGCCGCUUCCUUCCAGACAGUCUCACAGCUACACAAGGAGAAUCUGAAGAAGCUGAUGGCUAACCUGCGCAGUACGCAGCCUCAUUUUGUUCGCUGCAUCAUCCCCAACGACAGCAAAAACCCAGGUGUGAUCGAUCCCUUCAUGGUGCUCCACCAGCUCAGGUGUAACGGGGUCCUCGAGGGGAUCAGGAUCUGCAGGAAGGGCUUUCCAAACCGGAUCCUGUAUGCUGAGUUCAAACAACGGUAUCGCAUCUUGAACCCCUCGGCCAUCCCAGAGGACUCCUUCGUGGACAGCAGGAAGGCCGUGGAGAAACUGCUCUUCUCUCUGGACAUCGACCGCACCCAGUACAAGUUUGGACACACCAAGGUGUUCUUUAAGGCGGGGCUGCUGGGUCACCUGGAGGACAUGAGGGACGUGCGUCUGUCUCAGAUCCUCACCAUCGUCCAGGCCAUGGCCAGAGGGAAGCUGAUGAGGAUGCAGAGAGACAAGAUGAUGCUGCAAUGGGACGCGGUCUCGGUGAUCCAGUUCAACCUGCGGGCCUUCUUCUCCGUGAGGACCUGGCCCUGGAUGAUGAUGUUCUACAAGCUGAAGCCGCUGCUGAAGAGCGCCCAGGUGGAGAAACAGCUCGCCGCGCUCAACGACGAGUUCAACAAGUUAAAAGAGGCCUACGACAGGUCGGAGUUAAAGCGGCGAGAGGCGGAGGAGCAGCACGUGGUCCUGGUGGAGGAGAAGAAGGACCUGGCUCUGCAGCUCCAAGCUGAGCAGGAGAACCUGUCGGAUGCAGAGGAGCGCUGCAACCAGCUGAUCCAGACGAAGAUCUCCAUGGAGUCAAAGCUGAAGGAGACGCAGGAGCGCCUGGAGGAUGAGGAGGAGGUGACCCUCGCCAUGACGUCCAAGAAACGCCAGCUGGAGGAGGAAGUGAUGUCACUGAAGAGAGACGUGGACGACCUGGAGAUGACGCUCGCCAAAGUGGAGAAAGAGAGACAUGGAGCAGAGAACAAGGUGAAGAACCUGUCCCAUGAGAUGUGUGUUCUGGAUGAAUCCAUAGCGUCUCUGAGCAGAGAGAACUCGGCGCUGCAGGAAGCCCACCAGCAGGCGCUGAUCGACCGCCAGGCGCAGGAAGACAAAGUCAACAUGCUCGCCAAGGCCAAAGCUCGGCUCGAGCAGCAAGUCGACAACGUAGAAAGUUCCUUGGAGCAGGAGAAGAAGGUGCGUGUGGAUCUGGAACGAACCAAACGGAAGCUGGAGGGGGAUCUGAAGCUGUCCCAGGCCUCAGUGAGGGAGCUGGAGAGCCAGAAGGAAGAGCUGGACGAGAGACUCAAGAAGAAAGACUUUGAGUCGGUUCAGCUUCAGUCCAAACUGGAGGACGAACUGAGUUUGAUUACUCAUCUUCAAAAGCAGAUCAGAGAGCUGCAGACUCGUAUCGAGGAGCUGGAGGAGGCGCUGGAUGCGGAGCGAGCGUGGCGCUCCAAAGCUGAACGCCAGAGGAACGAUAUCGCCCGAGAGCUGGAGGAGCUCGGGGAGAAACUGGAGGAGGCCGGGGGGGCAUCUGCUGCUCACAUCGCUCUCAACAGGAAGCGGGAAGCAGACUUCCUGAAGAUGCGGCGAGAGCUGGAGGAGGCGGGGCUUCACCACGAGGCGACCUCGGUGGCUCUGAGGAAGAAGCACUCGGACGCCGUGGCCGAGCUCAGCGAGCAGAUGGACGCGCUGCAGAGAGCCAAACUGAAGGCCGAGAAGGAGAAGGUGGAGUUCAGGCUGGAGGCCGACGACCUGGCCGCCAACCUGGAGCAGCUGGCCAGGAGCAAGGGAACUGUGGAGAAGAUGUGCAAGGUUUUUGAGGACCAGCUGAAUGAAAGCCGGAGCCGAGCGCAGGAUCUGCAGAGACAGCUGACUGAAGCUUCGGCUCAGGCGAGCCUCACAGAGACCGCCGAGUACAGCCGCCGUGUGGAGGAGCGGGACGCCAUGAUCAAUCAGCUGCAGCGCUCCAAGGCUGGAGUUUGCCAAAACUUUGAAGAUCUGAAGAGGCAGCUGGAGGAGGAGAGCAAGGCUCGCGUGGCACUGGCCCACGCGGUGCAGGCGUCGCGUCACGACAGCAGUCUGCUGAGAGAGCAGCUGGAGGAGGAGACGGAGGCCCGGGCCGAGCUGCUGAGAGAACUCUCCAAAGCCAACGGUCAGGUGGUCCAGUGGAGAACCAAGUACGAGACGGACGCCGUGCUGCGGAUAGAGGAGCUGGAGGACGCAAAGAAGAAGUUGGUGGUCAAACUGCAGACCGUUGAGGAAGCCGUGGAGACGUCUCACGCCAGAUGUUCCUCGCUGGAGAAAAGCAAGCAGAGUCUGCAGACGGAGAUCGAGGACAUGGUGGUGGAACUGGAGCGAUCCAACGCUGCUGCUCUGGCUCUGGACAAGAGGCAGCGCAACUUCGACAAGGUGUUGAGUGACUGGAAGCUGAAGUUCGAGGAGAGUCAGACGGACCUGGAGGCGUCCCAGAAAGAUUCCCGCAGUCUGAGCACCGAGCUCUUCAAACUCAAGAACUGCUACGAAGAAGCUCUCGAUCAUCUGGAGACGGUGAAACGAGAAAACCGAAACCUGCAAGAUGAGAUCCUGGACCUGACGGAUCAGAUCAGCCUGGGAGGGAAGACCAUCUAUGAUCUGGAGAGAACCAAGAAGAUCCUGGAUGUGGAGAAGAGUGAUAUCAGAGCCGCUCUGGAGGAAGCAGCGGGAACUCUGGAGCACGAGGAGAGUAAGACGAUGAGAUUUCAGAUGGAGCUGCAGCAGAUAAGGUCUGACAUCGAACGCAAGAUUGCAGAGAAAGACGAAGAGAUCGACAACCUCAGGCGGAACCACCAGCGCUCCCUGGAGGCCAUGCAGACCAGUCUGGAGGCUGAGGUCCGCAGUCGCAGCGAGGCCGUUCGCCUGAAGAAGAAGAUGGAGUCUGACCUGAACGAGAUGGAGGUUCAGCUGGGACACGCCAACAGACAGGCAGCCGAGAGCCAGCGCGCCAUCAGACACCUACAGACACAGGUUAAAGAGCAGCAGGUGGACCUGGAGGAUAAAAUCCAGCUGACCAAUCAGCUUCGAGAACAGGUGGUCCUGUUGGAGCGCCGCUGUACGCUGAUGGCGGCCGAGGAGGAGGAGCUGCGAGCCAUCCUGGAACAAACCGACAGAGGACGCAAGAUGGCCGAACACGAACUGGUGGAAGUCACAGAGAGAGUUAACCUGCUCGCUACUCAGAAUGCAGGUCUGAUGGCCCAGAAGAAGAAGCUGGAGGCGGACGUGUGUCAGCUGACCGGAGAGAUGGACGACGCCGUGCUGGAGAGUCGCAGCGCCGAGGAGAAAGCCAAGAAGGCCAUCACUGAUGCGGCUCUGAUGGCCGAGGAGCUGAAGAAAGAGCAGGACAGCAGCAACGUGAUGGAGAGGAUGAAGAACAACAUGGUGUCCACGGUGAAAGAGCUGCAGGUCAAACUGGACGAGACGGAGCAGAUGGUGCUGAAGGGAGGAAAGAAACAGCUUUCUAAACUGGAGACAAGAGUGAGGGAGCUGCAGACGGAGAUGAUGAUGGAGCAGAAGAAGAGCGAGGAGUAUCAGAAAGGAGUCCGUCGCUACGAGAAGAGAGUCAGAGAGCUGACGUACCAGGCGGAGGAGGACAGUAAGACUCUGCUGAGGAUGCAGGAACUCAUCGACAAGCUUCAGACCAAAGUCAAGAGCUACAAGAGACAAGCCGAGAACGCUGAGGAGCAGGUGGGCUGCACCACGGUGCGGUACCGGAAAGUGCAACACGAGCUGGACGACGCCGAGGAGAGAGCCGACAUCGCCGAGACGACCGUCAACAAGCUGCGGAUCCGAACCCGCGAACAAAUCAGCAAGGUCGCCUUGAUCGCUGAGUGAAGCUCUGCUGCAUCUCCAGACACCGUCGGUGUGUCUCUGCUGUGUGUGUGUGUGUGUGUGUGUGUGUGUGUGUGUGUGUGUGUGUGUGUGACGUUUGGUUCCUGUGUGCUUCAGUCGGAGGUGUUUGUGCUGUAAAGUCCAGGAUCAUGGGGGGCAGCUGCGCAUACGCACAAAAACUGCCUGCCUGCUGAAGGGCUUUACUGCGCCAGACAUCAGCACUUCUUAUCAUAUUUAAUGUGUAUGAGAGAGUGCUCCUGGCGUACUUUCAUCAUAUCAUGAUGACCAGAGCAUGAAAAGAUUUUACUGAAGCGUUUUUUAAAAGACAGACAGAAAGACAGACAGAUGUGCUUAGAGCAGACAGACAGACAGACGGACACAGACACAGACAGACAGGUGGAUGUGCUCAGACAGACAGACAGACAGACAAACAGACAGACAGACAGACAGACAGACAGACAGGUGGAUGUACUCAGAGAAGACAGCUGUCAGCGAGCCUAUAUAGAGAUAUAACCUGAUUUCUCUGUGUGCCUUUGAACGUCAUAUCCCGAAUAUGAUAAAAAAAUUAUUAAAGUUAUUAAAAUACA